AUGGAUACUCUUGGACCUCGCAUAAUGGUAAAUGUUGGCACUCAAGCUGUUACAAACACAGGGCUUAAUCCACGAGAUUUAGCUCCAUUAACAAACGAUGCAUUUCUUGCUACAUUUAUGGGUAAACCAGCCUUAUCAGCAAAUAAUGGAAUAUCAAGACAACAUAAUAAUAAUCGUCAAUCAUAUACAACACAAAUGGAACGUGUAACGCUUCGUUCAAAAGGACGACCAUCAACAACGAAUGGUGAAUCCAUUGAACCAGAUUCAGCUAUUUUAUCAAUUAUUCGUGGUAGUGGACUAGAGAACAAGCAACAACAAACAUCUCAACGACAAUUACAAGGUAAUCGUAAUCGUCGUGGAUUUCAUCAACAACAAUAUUAUGCUGGUUGGAACGAUAUACCUUGUUCACCAAAUUAUCGGCCAACAAGCGAUUCGAAUCGUCAACGUCGUACACGUUCUGGUGGUGCACAACAACAAAUAACUGUUGUUGACCAAAUGGCUGCACAACCACAUAUUCCUUAUGCUAUUUUACCAAAACGUUUUGAACCUAAACAAGUAUCGACAAAUGGUUUUCAACAACGAUCACGUUCAUCAAAUAAUAAUGCUAAUCAAAAACGUCGUCCAGCUGCUGUUGCUGUUGCUGCUCCUCCUCGACGACCACAACGGCAACAAACUUAUUUUGAUGAUCAAUGGGAAGAUGUUGAAGAUGAUCAACGUCGACGAUUCAAUCAACGACCGAAUCGAAAUUUUGGUCAAGCCAAUGCAUAUCGUGGGCCACGUCAACAUUUUAAUAAUUAUUAUGAUUCAUAUUCCUAUGGUCCAAUGAGUCGACAAGAUCAAAUGCCAGUUCGUCCACGUCGUCGUAUGAUGUAUCAAGAUGAUGGUUAUGUUCCAUUUGAUAUAACACCAUCCUAUGAUCUUAAUGAAUGGCAAGGCCCAUAUGCUCGAUCACGACAAGCGUUAUAUUCGCAACAACAACGAGGUGGAUUCCGUUACGGAAAUGGUUUUAUUCGUGAUGAUCAUCGUAUAAAUAAUUCAACCAAACAAUCACGAAAUAAUAAUAAAGCAACAACACCAACACAACAUCGUAAACAAACAAAAUCACCAAAAAAUAAAGGAUCGCAAAAACGUCGAACUUCACGACCACGUAAACAACGAAAUCAAAAUUCCAAGAGUGAUGGAACAGCGUCAACAAAUGCCAAUGAAGUUAAAUCAACAAGCGAAACAGAAACUACACAAGAAGAAAAAUCAAAAGAAGAAACAACGAUUGAAACUGGAGAAAAACCAUUACCACCACGUGAUACUGAUAAGAAAGAACCAGAAGUUGAAAAAUCAACAGAAUAA